GUAAUCGAUAGCACGUCCUCAAUUUAAAAUUUAAACAAUCUAGCUCCGAAAAUGAUUUAUUUUAUUUUGUAUUCGCUUCUUUGUUAUACUGCUGCAGCGGGGCGUAAUUUAAAAGUAGUUAAGUACGAGGACUCGGUUGACACCAUCGUAAAGGAUCUCAUAGACAAUUGGCAGUCGCCACUUGUUUACCUGAAAAGUCGCGGUUACCUGCCAAAGGACUUGCAGAAUUCUCCCGAAUUGGAUUUUCAGCAGCUGCAGGGUAAUUUAAUACCGAACUUUUCCUUAAAGGAUUCCAAACGGGAGGUGGAAAGUACAGCCGAGGCAAAAGCAAAUUCAAAAUCGGAUCAGAGGGAUGUGCGUUCGGCUCAAGAUCUGAAAGAACUCGAAUUAAAGCGGAUGUUCCAAUCGCUAUUCUCCUCAAACGACAUCUCGGCCUCCGAAGAGAUUAAAUCCAAGCUGGGUGUGUCUUGGGACAUGAACGCGCUGAAAUCAUCCGCUCGGUUGGGUGCCAAGAAAUAUUUCGAGAAGCUGAACAAUAAACGAAAUCAGGCGGUAUCUUUCCUUCCCAAUGAAACUCCAAGUAGUCCAGUUUCUGGAGAAGUAUUUCAGAAUUUCCACGCUCCGAUAUCCCUUAACUUGGAGAAAAAAGACAACGAAACGAUAGAGAAGGCCUCGUACGAUACUAAACCAAGCUACCUUAAGGGCGUGGCCAAGAUUCUGAGCAACCCAGAGAUCAGGUAUAAGGAUUGGGAACCGAAGCCUGCCCAAGAAUCCUUUUUCAAGGCCACAGGAAAAGUGAAUUGAAAUUUGUAAAUGUUAAUUAAAUGUUCUUGUAGUUCCGAAA